GCCCAGCCCUGAGCGGCUCCGCGGUGGGGCCUGGCUCUGCCGCGAGAGGGGCUGCUCGGCUCUGCCCGUGACCCGUCUCGGGCCCCGCGUCCCCGGGGGCUGAGACGGAGCAGGGCGGGCGGCCGCUCUCUCCCGCCUCGCCGCGGGCAGCCGGGCGGUUGCUGGGGCGCGGGGCGGCGGCGGGCCGGGGCGCAGCCUCGGGAGAGGAGGCCGAGCGGUGUGGGGAGGAGGCGGUGGGCGUCUUCCCCGCCCGCCCUCCCGCUCCCCGGAAGCGGGGCCGCUGCGGAGGCGGGGCGGUUGCCGAGGGGCUGGUGGCGGGAGCCGAGGCCGAGCUCGGCCGCGGCCUCCCCGCCGACCGGCCCUCGGGCUCGCUUCCCGGGCUGGCGGUUGCUCUCGCAUGCUUCAAAACAAGGCUGGGCUUCAAAAAAAGCGCCUGACCCACCCACUCCUUGCUCCGUCGCUUUGGAGUCUCCGUGUGGGAACUGUUUUGCCUUUUUAAUCAGGGCUUUGCAAGGGAGAGGACCUCCAUAGGAUGCUUCUGAACAGAAACAGCAGAAAAUUAAAUUGAACUUGAAGUAGAUUCAGUAUUUUGCUUCAACUGAGAGUGCUAGGACAGGCUAGCAGUAGGAGCUGUGAAUUCCUGUAGAAGAUUGAUAGCUCUGCCAACAUUUGUCCAUAAUAGAAGAUGGGUGGAUUAAUAUCAAGAUGGCGGCAGGCAAAGCCUUCCACUGUAGAAGUAUUAGAAAAAAUUGAUAAGGAAAUACAGACAUUAGAAGAAUUUAGAGAAAAAAAUCAGAGGCUACAGAAACUAUGGGUUGGAAGGCUGCUUCUCUACUCUUCACUUCUUUACCUUAUCACCUGCUUAAUUGUAUAUUUCUGGUGUCUUCCUGAUGAAUGGACAGCAAGGUUGAUUAUGACACUUCCAUUUUUUGCAUUUCCAUUGAUAAUCUGGUUUAUAAGAACACUGCUCAUUUUUUUCUUUUCCAAAAGGACAGAAAGGAAUAAUGAUGCACUGGAAGAUUUAAAAUCUCAAAAGAAAAAAAUACUUGAGGAAGUAAUGGAGAAGGAAACAUACAAAACUGCUAAAUUAAUCCUUGAAAGGUUUGAUCCAGAAUCAAGUGUGAAGGAGGCAGAACCACCAUCUGCUGGAACAUCUGCAACCCCAAGACCUGGACAAGAAAUUCGUCAGAGGACCACAGCUCAAAGGAAUGCUGCUUUGCCCCUACCUACGAGUCCUAAACAAGGCUCUCCAAAAUCACAGGUUCCAGCAUCUCCUAAUCUGCAGAGAGACACACCAGCACUGAGUGGAUCUCCAGAAAGAACUGUUGUGCCACCUUUGCAGUCAAAUGUACCAAGACGCCUUGGAUCCCCUGCUACUUCAGUGCCUGGAAUGGGUCUUCAUCCUCCAGGUCCUCCUUUAGCAAGACCUAUUCUUCCUCGAGAAAGGGGAGUUGUGGAUAGAGUUAUUGAAUAUUUAGUUGGCGAUGGUCCUCAGAACAGGUACGCCCUUAUAUGUCAGCAAUGUUUUUCUCACAAUGGUAUGGCUUUGAAGGAGGAGUUUGAAUAUACAGCAUUUAGGUGUGCCUACUGCUUUUUCCUGAAUCCUGCAAGAAAAACUAGACCUCAGGCUCCACGACUUCCAGACUUCAGUUUUGAAAAAAAGCAAUCUACAGAAUUGCAAUCUGAAACCGAGCUUCUAGAACCUAGAGAGAGAAAGCCCCAGGAGACUCAGCAGACAGAAGUAUCUGAAGAAGACACGGCGCAGAUCAUUGAGACAAAUGAGACAGAUGUUAAAGCACCAAGUCCUGAGCAGCUAAAUGAUAAGUUAGCUGAAGAAGUUGAAAAAGAAGAAACAGAAAACAUUUCAACAACUGAAGACUCUAUCUCAGAGUCUAUUUCAGCUGAACAAAGUGAAGAAUCUUUAAUGAAAGCAGAAUAAAGUACUUCAAGUGCCUUCUGUAGCUAGUUUUUAGCUUUGUUCAUGCCUGUUGUUACUAUUCAGGUGAGCUUUUUUUAAUGGUACGACUUAAAAAUCUCGCUUGAGCUUAAACUGCCUCAACUGCCACAGUAUGUCAAAACUAUAUGUAAAAGUGGGUAUUGUAAAUUAAGCAUGUGUCUUCAAAUAAGUUAACACACAGAAUGUAUAGUUAGUUGAAGUCUAACAGUUGUAGCCAUUGUUCAGUUUGCAUAUUUAAAAACUUAGAUGUAUAAGUUUUGCUAAGGGUGACCUGUGAUGACAUCUCUUUAGCUGUCACACAGAAAGAGCAAUUACUGGCAGCAGCUGACCUAGUAAGUUUGAUCUAGUGAACUUAAGAUACUUUUCAAUGCUUCCCUGUUGAAAUGAAUUGAGUACACUUUAAAUACACAGAUGUUUACAAGCUAAAGUGUCAUCUGACAUUUGACUUAAGCAUAUGGAAGUGUCAUUACAGUGGUGUUAAUGUUAUUCAUUGUCUAACUUUUGACAGAAUUCAGUUAAAUGGCACUCAGAUAAAUGGUAUCUGCUUUGGUUAUUUGCAUUGCAGAUGAACCAGAGACACCUACAUACAAAACUGUUUUGUGUUUACAUAAAAUAUAGAAAGUCUCUGCACUUGAUUGUACUUGAAUACAAAGCACUAUUUAUACCUGUACAAUAAUGACAAGAUAUAAGUGAAUUUUGUGCCUUUGUGUAUUUUGUUAAAGGAAAAUAAAGACAUCUAGCAGCA